AUGGCGCCGUUCGACCUCGAUGCGUGCAUCGAGCGCCUCAAGGACAAGCAGCUGCUUGGAGAGGCGCUGUUGAGAGAAAUCUGCGAGAAGACCAAGGAGGUGCUCAUGCGCGAGUCCAACGUAGUCCAUGUCUCGUCGCCAGUGACUGUCGUCGGCGACAUUCAUGGACAGUUUCACGACCUGAUAGAGAUCUUUAGAAUCGGUGGCCCGGCGCCGAGUACGAAUUACCUCUUCCUUGGCGAUUAUGUCGACCGAGGACUGCACUCCGUGGAGACAAUAUCAUUGCUCACCUGCUUGAAGCUUCGGUAUCCUGAGCGUAUUCAGUUGAUCCGAGGAAACCACGAGUCGCGGGCCGUGACACAGACCUACGGUUUCUACCUGGAGUGCACGCGAAAGUACGGCUCACCGACUGUGUGGCAGUACUUUACCGACAUGUUCGACUUCCUGACGCUAUCGGUCGUCAUCGACGAUGCUAUCUUCUGUGUCCACGGAGGACUGUCACCAUCCAUCCACCAUAUCGACCAGAUCAAGGUCAUCGACAGGUUCCGAGAAAUCCCGCACGAGGGACCGAUGGCCGACUUAGUCUGGAGCGACCCAGAUCCAGAAAAGGAGGACUUUGCGAUCUCACCGAGAGGAGCGGGAUAUACGUUUGGAGCUUCGAUUGUCAAGAAGUUCUUACACCUGAACGACAUGAACCACGUCCUGCGCGCGCACCAGCUGUGCAUGGAGGGCUUUACGAGACUUUACGACGACACGCUGAGCACGGUCUGGAGUGCACCAAAUUACUGCUAUCGAUGUGGCAACAUGGCUUCAAUUCUGGAAGUGUCACCAGGCGGGCACCGAUUCUUCAAUGUCUUUGAUGCAGCUCCAGAAAACGAACGCGACGGACCAACACAGCAACAAGCAGCCAAGGCGAUAGAGUACUUUUUGUAG